AUGUCAAACUACAACGCCUACCAUGGCGGAGGCCCUGGCCAGCCCCUUCAUCCGAACCAAGACCCUAGAUAUAUCGACCCGCGCGCCCAACAGACCCCUCCGACAUUUCAGCAAUCCCCCAGUCCUCAGCCCACGUACCAACAGUAUGGCGGACAAGUCAAUCCACAGCAAGUAUAUGCAAACUCCCAACAGCAGGCCUAUGCUGGUCAACUCCCUCCCCACCAAGAUGCCAUGAAUGGGCUUGCCGCACAAAUGGCGGGUGCCGAAAUCAGUUCCGCACCUGCACGCUCCCACAGAAAGAAAGAACGACAUGCAUAUCACGAUAUAGGCUCGGCCAAUGCCCCGGCACCCCAAGUGGAUAGUUCGCAGCCAGGCCAGACAGGCCAGCCAGGUGCGCCCGCUGGUGCGCAGUUCUUUGGCGCUGGCCAACAGAUACAACAGCAGGGUCCGCCUGGCCACACCAAUUUUGUCAACCCCUCAGACAAGUUGCGCAUGGGAGAAGAGUCUGUCGCAACACAAGGUCGCGUUGAUCCAGAGCAGAUUCCCAGUGUGGCGAGGGCAAGAGAUGCUGCUACUCUGCACUAUCAAACCAAUGUCUACCCGAGUAUGGAGCAGCAUCUACCUCCCCCCGGUGCCGUUCCCUUUGUGGGCCAUGAUCAGGGAAAUUCUACGCCUAAAUACGCUCGUUUGACCGUGAACAACAUUCCUUCGUCGCAAGAAGCUCUUGCAUCCACCGGUCUGCCUCUUGGUCUUGUCUUGCAACCCUUUGCACUCCCGCAGGAAGGAGAACAACCCAUUCCUGUCCUGGAUUUUGGCGAGGCAGGUCCUCCACGAUGUCGGAGAUGUAGGACAUAUGUCAACCCAUUCAUGACCUUCCGAUCCGGCGGCGGCAAGUUAGUAUGCAACAUGUGCAACUUCCCAAACGAUGUCGCCCCAGAGUACUUCGCUCCCACUGAUGUGUCCGGGGUCCGCGUGGAUCGCUUACAACGUCCUGAAUUGAUGCUGGGAACCGUCGAAUACUUGGUGCCGAAAGAGUACUGGGCAAAGGAGCCCGUACCUCUGCGAUGGUUGUUCUUAGUGGAUGUCACUCAAGAAGCCAUCAAUCGGGGACUUCUCCACUCAGUUUGUCAAGGUGUUCUGAAUGCUCUCUAUGGCCACGAAAGGGACGAGGACGAAAAUGAGGAGACAGUGGCCUCUGGUCUCCCCGCUGGAACCAAAAUCGGUAUCGUGACAUACGAUAAGGAGGUCCAGUUCUAUAAUCUCACAGCUGGAUUAGCAACGGCUCAAAUGAUGGUCAUGACAGACCUCGAAGACCCCUUUGUGCCCUUGGCUGAAGGACUUUUUGUUGAUCCUUAUGAAUCAAAAGAUGUCAUCACCUCGCUCCUCCAAUCCAUCCCCACUAUGUUUACCUUGGUUAAGAACCCCGAACCAGCGCUUUUGCCAACUCUCAAUGCCGCAUUGGCAGCACUGUCAGCCACCGGAGGUAAAAUCAUCUGCUCCUUAUCUACACUUCCGACCUGGGGUCCUGGAAGAUUGCAUCUACGUGAUGACGGGAAAGGCCGAGAUACUGAUCACGAGAAGAAGCUCUUCACCACUGAGCAUCCUCUCUGGAAGAAAACUGCCAGUGCCAUGGUCACUGCUGGCAUUGGUGUUGAUUUCUUCCUCGCUGCUGCUGGAGGUGGAUAUAUGGACGUCGCAACAAUCGGCCAUAUGUCUCGUCUGACAGGUGGCGAAAUGUUCUUCUACCCCAAUUUCGUUGCGCCGAGGGACUCUUUGAAACUCGAAACUGAAAUCAAACAUUCGCUACAUCGAGAAACAGGAUAUCAGGCAUUGAUGAAAGUGAGGUGUUCGAACGGACUUCAAGUUUCUUCGUAUUACGGCUCAUUUCUUCAAAAUUCGUUCGGAGCAGAUCUCGAAUUCGGCACAAUUGAUGCAGACAAAGCCAUUGGCGUCACGUUUUCUUAUGAUGGCAAGCUAGAUGCCAAACUGGAUGCGCACUUCCAAGCCGCUCUGCUGUAUACCUCCGCAACCGGUCAAAGACGAGUGCGUUGCAUCAACGUUGUUGCUGGGGUCAAUGAAGGUGCUACUGAGACCAUGCGAACUGUUGACCAAGACGCGGUUGUCAACAUACUCGCAAAGGAAGCGUCUUUCAGAAUAUCAGAGAAGUCCCUAAAGGAUCUACGAGCAGCAAUCACUGAGAAGACGAUUGAUGUUCUGUCUGGUUAUCGUAAGAACUUUUCGGGCUCCCAUCCUCCGGGCCAACUUGUUUUGCCCGAACAUCUAAAAGAGUUCGCGAUGUAUACUCUCGGUUUGAUCAAGAGCCGGGCUUUCAAAGGCGGUGUCGAACCUACUGAUCGCCGUGUACACUCCGCACGCUUCCUGCGCUCCGCUGGUGUUACGGAGAGCGCUCUCUAUCUAUACCCACGAAUCUACGCCCUUCAUAACUUUCAGCCAGAAGACUGCUUCGCCAAUGCAGAAACGUUCCAACUCGUUGUUCCACCAACAUUGCGAGCCUCUUUUGCACGUGUCGAAGAAGGAGGGGUGUAUCUGAUUGACAAUGGUCAAAUUAUGCUGAUCUGGCUACAUUCGCAAACCUCGCCAAAUCUUCUGGAAGAUCUCUUCGGAGAAGGCAAACAAUCGCUGCAAGACCUUGAUCCCAUGCUGAACGACCUUCCGGUCCUCGAGACCCACCUGAAUGCUCAGGUUCGAAAUCUUAUAGCAUACCUCUCGACAGUCCGCGGCUCCAAAGCUGCAACAUUCACACUGGCGAGGCAAGGUCUGGAUGGUAGUGAAUUUGAAUAUGCACGUAUGUUAGUGGAAGACCGGAACAACGAAGCCCAGAGUUACGUUGAUUGGCUGGUGCAUGUCCACCGUGCCAUCCAGAUGGAGUUGAGCGGGCAGCGCAAGAAAGAGGAAACAGGCGACCACGAGGGCAUCCUCAACUCCUUGACGGGGCUGAAGGCGCCGUAUUGGACGUAG